GAAAGACGGAGAGCCUCGGAGGCGUGUUUGAUGUUGCUUUUGGAACGCGGCGAAGUAAAUGGUAAAUUGUAGGCAUUAGUCUUGUCUCUUGACGUUAGGUGCUAUUCAGCUAUCUACACAAUGGAUGAUGCCGAGUUGGACAUCGACGCCCUUGAUGAACUACUUGGGCAAGAGCUUAUGGAAGCGGGAGAAGGUCAGGGUCCUUCAAAGACGAUAAGCGACCAUAAUACUUGCGAUCGAGAAAGCGAAAAUGAACCGGUCUCCACUGCGGCUAUUGAAAAGCAGCUGCGUGAAAUGCAAGAAAAGAUGGAUAUUCUUCGGCGACAGCUCAAAAACCAAAGAUCAUCCGGCCAAGAAGCGUCCCAAGUUUCCGUAGUGCGAGCAAAAGGCGAUUCCACGAGCAAAAACGGAGAUAGUGGAAGCAGCACCAGUAAUUCAGUCUCCACGCGAAAGCCCUUGAAGCUUGUGGACGAAGAUAUAUUCAGUGCGGCUUCUAAAGACGAUGGUAAGAAGGAGCCGGAAAAAACUUCAAUAGAGAAAAGUUUCGUGCAUUCCGGUGACACCGAUUCGUCAGACGACGAGAAACGAUAUCCGACCGAGGCAGGUUUGAGCAAACUGGGCAAGAGCAUAAAGAGAAACCUCGAAGAACGAAAAUCGUCUGGAUUUUCAUCGCGGCCGCCUGUCGAUACGUGGAAAGACAAUAAGCGCAAAAGCACCCUUCAACUUGAUGGGCUUGAGGAAAGCGGUCUGAGGGACCCUUACUCUGGCAUACGUAUUAUACGGCCCCUGGUGUCAUCAACAGUUAUGGAAGCCCGUAUGAGUGGAAGAAAAAUGGUCAAGAUGUCCAUGGUACCCAGUUUUGUUCAGCAGAAGAAGAUCGACAUUGACUGGGUUACAGUUGGUGUGCUGGUCAACAAGACACCACCAAAGACAUCCAAAAAUGGAAAGCCAUUCUCAAUAUGGAAGUUGACAGACCUGCAAGACUGUGAAAACCUCGUCUGCGUGUUUCUCUUUGGUGAUGUACAUGAAAAGCACUGGAAGACGUCAGUUGGCUCUGUGGUUGGUUUUCUGAAUCCAUCAGUCAUGCCAAACAAGGAUAGCUAUAGCGGUCGAAAGGAGGUGUGCCUCAGUAUAGACCACCCUGGCAAAGUCAUGCUGAUGGGAACAUCCAAGGAUUUUGGAACAUGCAAAGGCAAAACCAGAGAUGGUCAACCCUGCACCAAUGUAGUGAACAUGUCAACCUGUCCUUACUGUGUGUACCACGUCAAAGCCGAGUACCGCAAGAUGAGUUCCAAGCGAACUGACCUCCAGGCAUCAUACUCUGGUGUUGCACCAAGCGGAUUGAAGCAGAAAGUCCUCAAGAACAGCCAAGUCAUCUACGGGGGCCAGAUGUUUAUGAAUCCCACACGAGAGGCAACAAGAACACUUCGUACAAAAGACAAACUAGUGUUAAGCAAUCUCAAGGUUGCCAGACAGGCCGAGGAGAUUGAGAAGACGUCACGGCAUGCCGCAGCACAAGCCGUUCAAUUGAAGCACCUCUCCUCAUCAGAGAACCAGGCCAUAAACGCUGUUGCAUCUAAGUCGGAUUUUCUAGGCAAGGCAUUGUGCAAUCCCGGCGCUGGCUCUCGUAACUUCCUUCGCCAUGUGGUUCAUGAGAAAGACUCAACAUCAUCUGCGGCAUCCUCAAAAAAGGAAAUGGUAUCUAUCACUGCUAAAGACCUGCUCAAGAUGCACAACGGCAGUGUGAAAUCACCUGCAGGGGCAUCUCCAGUUUCCGGAAGAACUGCCCCAGCAUUGCAGGCAAAGUCACUGGGUGCCAUCAGCCCCAUUGACUCAGGUUCAGUGCCAUUUCCAAAACUGACUGCUUUAACUCCAUCUGAAAUUGCUAAGCUGAGAGCUGCACAGAAGCUGAGUGCUAAAGCUCCUCUUGUGAGACAGGAUCCUAAUGCCGUGAGAAAAGACACCACGUCCUCUGAAGUUCAAGCUAAGAUUCAAAGGAAACUUGAGGAACCUCCCACAUCACGCAAAGAAACCCAAGAUGACGAGUUGGUAGAAAUGCCAGCAGCCAAAAAAUCUCGUCUGGGGCCAGCAUUGACUAAGGAAGAAGUGGAGAAGCUGCUUCGUCAAAAGUCAUCUCAUGCUCACCAAGUGGACGAUAUUGAGCAGGAACAGGAGGAGCAGUACUUUAGCGUAUUGGAGAAGAAGGAGCAACUGGAAGAAAAGAUGCUGUCUGUCACAGAAAUACAGUGUGAUGUGGUGUCCUGCAGAAAGUGCAACUACACAGCUCAACAGGCAUCUGACUUGUGCAAGAAGGAAAACCAUGUCCUGAAGCACCAUAAAGCUAUGAAGCGUUUCUUCCGCUGCAAGGACUGCAGUCACCGCACAGUCACCUUUGCCCGGGUUCCAGCUCUCAGCUGCAGGAAAUGCAAUGGCUCCAAUUUCGAAAGAACAUCCAUGGGAAAGCCAAAGCCUGGCCCCAUGCUUGACAGCGAAAAAUUACUGAUUCGUGGAGAAGAGGUCAAGUACCUGAAUAAGUGAUCACACUGACUCUUCUUUUUCGGCUUUUGGCAAAACACCAUUCGCACAGAAGCAUUGUGCAUGUCAUCAAGCCCACUUUCAUUUCUGCAAGCAUUGUAUCAUGCCCAUUGCAAUGUUCAUCAUGCACAGUCUGCUAGAAUACAUGCUCAUGUAAUAUGGGAGGCUCCUCAUAAAAUAUAAUGUAUUUCAUGAUGCCAAAAUGAUUGGCUGCUCAUCAUAAUUGUGUGACAAAGGGCAGUUUGUUCCACCAAUUUUAAACAUAAUGUAUUUUCUCUAAUUUUACUAAGUGGUUUUAUCUGUUUAUAUUGUACAACAUGUCAAUAAAGAAAGAUUAGUAAACAAUGUACAUACAUA